CCCUCCUCCCUCGGGAGCUGUUGGACCUGUUGUCCCCCGCUCCACUUCCGGGCUGCUGGGGAGGGGGACAGAGCAGCUUUUCUCUCCUCCCUCUUCCCCAGCCACCUGUCCGGCAGACAGAAAAGGCAGCGCCCAGAGCGCAGAGGGAAGCGCACGGAAGCCUGAGCCGGCCCCGCCUCCUGGAGCUCUUUAGAAGCACCGGAGAGCUCGGGAGCCUCCUGGGACGCAGCCCCGCGCUGUCAGGCCACGCCCCCGGAACUCGGGCCCGCCCACUCCGCUGGAGCGCCGGGCGGUCAUGGGGACGCCGAGCGGCCGGGACAGGGGGUGCCGGCCGCCUCCGGCCCCAGAGGGCGACGCGGAGGUCUCGCCCCAAGGGGCUGCGCAGUCCCAGAUGCACCCCGAGGACCCACAGGAGCCGGAGGCGCCUGAGGCCCCGGAGGAGCCCCAGGGAGUGAAGGAGCUUCCGAGCGGCCGAGGAGCUGAGCAGCAGGCUGAGGAAGAGGAAGAAGUGGAAGAAGGCAGCAGCACGGAGAGCAGCCGCGACGCGGGGGAGGCUCCGCCCCCGGCACCGACCCCAGUCACGCCCCCCGCAUCCCCCCAGCCUGGGGAGAGAGUGCGAGGGGCUGCACGGAGGCUUCGAGAGCAGCAGCUGGAGGCACUGACCCGCGUGGCCCUGAUGGAGCAGCGCGUGAAGGAGCUACAGCGCCAGAGGAAGGAGCUGAGGAUCGAGAUGGAGGUGGAAGUAGCCCUUCUGCGGGGCGAGCUGGCUGGGGAGCGGGUGGCUGCCCGGCGCGAGGAGGAGCAGCUCCGAGAGCUGCUUGGACAGCAGGGGGACACGGAGCAGGGUAGCCGGGAGCAGCGGGAACAGGAGCAGAGGCGGCUGAGCCAGGAGCGGGAUCGAGUGGAGGGUCUUCGCCAGAGACUCCAGGAGGCCCAGGGACAGCUGGACUCCCAGCCAGAGGAGCAGCGUGAGUGGCUCCUGCAAGGAGUACAGGAGAUGAGGGAACAGCUGGAUGUGGCCCAGCGUGCCUACGAGGACCUAGAGUUCCAGCAGCUGGAGCAGGAGAGCCGGAGGGAGGAGGAGGACCGGGACAGCACUGGGGCCCGGGCACUGGACCCCAAGGUCCGGGAACUCCAGGCCAGUGUGGCACAGCACAGACGCCGGAUCCAGGUCUUAGAGGAGCAGCUCAAAUCGCUGGGGGAGCAGAUGGCAGCUGAGAGCCGGGGGCUGAGCCGGAAGAAGGAGGAGGCCCUUCAGGCCCUGACUCAGGAACGGAGCCGACUGCUCGAGCUUAACUGCCUCCAGGGAACUCCGGGUGGGGACUUCGCUGAGUCCAACCAGGCCCUCACUAAGCUCCUGUUCACCCAGAAGACAGACCGCCAGCUACUGGUGCUGCAGGACCCCACUGCCCACACAGCCUCCGCCACUUCCUCUUGCCUCUUCUCCGUUCGCAGCUCCCUGCAGGGCUCCAUAGGCCUCCAGAGGACUGGAAGCCUGCCCCGGAAGAGGGGAGAGCGAGCGAGCCAGAGGGGAUCCCCCCGACCCAUGUCCCUUCAUUACACAGGACCCCUGGAGGCCUCGGCCCUCCCAGCAGCGUCAGGAGACUCUGGAAGACACCCUCUCUAUCAGCUGCUGAACUGUGGCCCUGGGAACAGCUGUGGGGCCCUCCACCCAGAUAUCGCCCGCAUGGAGCGGCUUCUGCAGCAGGCUGUGGCAGAGAGGGAACGACUGCUCAAGGCCAGGGAAGGGAUGAGAAGAAACAAGGAAGUCUCCUCAGGCCCUGAUGUACCUGCCAUCAUGGCCCCGCCCAUGCCUCCACCCCGCCCCCCGGGCCCUCGAGUAUUGGAUCUUCGGCAGCACCUGGAACGCUGGGGCCACAAUCCUGAAAGCUGCCCACACCUAAGGGUGUCGGGAGGCUGCUGCCGCGGAUCCCUGGUGAAGAUGGGCGGCCGCAUAAAGACCUGGAAGAAGCGGUGGUUCUGUUUUGACCGCCAGGCCCGCCGUCUGGCCUACUACGCGGACAAGGAAGAGACCAAACUCAAAGGCGUCAUCUACUUCCAGGCCAUCGAGGAAGUCUAUUAUGACCACUUACGCUGUGCCUUCAAGAGCCCCAACCCUCGCCUGACGUUCUGCGUGAAAACCUACGAACGUCUAUUCUACAUGGUGGCGCCCAGCCCGGAGGCCAUGCGCAUUUGGAUGGACGUCAUUGUGACGGCUGCAGAUGAGAAUCACGCCCUUUGAGGGGCCCCGCCCUCUUGGGGGAAGUACCGGUGAGGCUCCGCCUCUGUUGCCCCGCCCUAGGCCCCGCCCGCCCGCCCGCCCGCUGCGGAAGGCCUGGGCCCGCCCCUUUGGAACUUCGGGAAUCCUGCAGGUGCCGCGGCUCGGCAGGCCUGAGUCGUGGUGUUUUGGGCUGCAGGUGCCUUCCUGCGAUGGGAAGCCAGCCCUUGGGACCCUGCCCCGGGCAGGAGGAAGAUUGCAGGGGUGGGAAGGAACUAUUUAUUGGUGCUCCUGUGAUCCCGAAUUAAACACGGAGAAAGACCGUC